CCUUUCCCGUGGCUUUUAUGGAAAUUUUACUAAAACUUGUCAUAUCUUAUAAUUUUUAUUUGUCGCAUAAAGUAGGCUAUCAAAAGCGACUGUGCAUUAUUUUGAUGUCAUGUAAAUUGUGUUCGUAGCUUUAUUCUGUUCGUUAAACCUUUGCAUGAACAUGGUCCUUGUCACGUAGGCAUUUGAUCACUAGCGCCUCUUUCGAUACGCGCCAGAACUUUGUGAGUCGUCACGAAAAGUUCCGACCGCUAUUCAAAAUGCUGGGUUAGGCGUAAACAGGAAUGAGAUAAUGAGACUGACCUAUCCUAGUAUUAACUUUACUUAAUAUUACAUGCCAAUGUGGUAUCGUAGAAACUUCGAGAGUACCUUGCUUUUUCGUGAUAUUCAUUUAGGACCACGUUUUUCAUCAAAUCUCGUAAUUCCGACACCUUGUGGAAAUCACGCGAACCAUUAUUACGGUCAAUGUUGCGUGACGUGUUAUCUGUUACUUGAUUUUAAACUGUAAAUAUAUCAGUAAUAGUUUAAUUAAGUAAUUAAUUUAUAAAUAAUUAUGACGGACGAACUUAAACUAGAUCAUCGAGCCAAGAAACGAAUCAAAGAAGUAAAAAGAAAAGCUAGACCGGAACUUGGGGAUAAAAUAGCUUGGACACAGCAUGGUUAUAAUAAAAAAUUUGAACCAUUUUGGGAUUUUAAAGAUAACGUGGAUCGAAUUGAAGAGUCUGAAGUGACUGCAGAACAAUUUAUAGAACUAUAUGAAAAACCAUACAAGCCUGUGAUAAUUCGUGGUGUUCAACGUGACUGGAAAGCCCAGCAUAAGUGGACUAUAGAGAGGUUGGCUAAAAAAUAUCGGAAUCAGAAAUUUAAAUGUGGGGAAGACAAUGAGGGAUAUAGUGUAAAAAUGAAGAUGAAGUAUUACGUGCGUUAUAUGCUGAACAAUGAAGAUGACUCUCCUCUGUACAUCUUUGAUAGCUCUUUCGGAGAGCAUCCUCGUCGUCAGAAAUUACUUGAAGACUAUAUGAUUCCAAUGUAUUUUCGAGAUGAUUUAUUUCAACAUGCGGGAGAACAUCGAAGACCACCAUAUCGCUGGUUCGUUAUGGGACCUGCACGUUCUGGUACAGGCAUUCAUAUAGAUCCAUUGGGAACUAGUGCUUGGAAUGCACUAAUUUCUGGUCAUAAGCGUUGGUGCCUCUUUCCAACUCACACUCCUCGUGAACUUCUUAAGGUAUCUGCAACCGCGGGUGGUAAACAACGUGACGAGGCAAUCACUUGGUUUUCUGUUAUUUAUCCUCGUACGAAAUUACCGUCUUGGCCGCAAGAUUGCCUACCGAUAGAAAUUCUGCAAAACCCUGGAGAAACAGUCUUCGUUCCCGGGGGUUGGUGGCACGUUGUACUGAAUCUUGAUGAAACUAUAGCAGUUACGCAGAACUUUUGCUCCCGAACAAACUUCCCGGUGGUGUGGCACAAAACGGUUCGUGGGAGGCCAAAAUUAUCGCGUAAAUGGUUGAAAGUGCUUAGGGAUAAAGAACCGGAUUUAGCAACCUUGGCUGAGACUAUCGACGUGAAAGAGGAUACUGGCGUGGCCAGUGAUUCCUCAAGCGGGUCAUCGAGUAGUUCAUCGAGUAGUAGUAGCAGUAGUCAGUCAGAAGAUAGUGCCGAUGACAGUGGUCAAGAAUCACUGACUGCUCACAAAAAGAAGAAGCGAAGAAAACUAAACAACAGCCAACCCUGACAAUGUCAUCUGCACAGGACCUACAGAGACCUCAGACUGUACAGUAUUAUCCAACUAUUGUUUGUACUAAGAGUAAAUAUUGUAAUUAUUACCACAUCCAUGUUUAUAAUAAAAUAGAUGCUAGACAAUGCCAAA